UCAUCACCAUGAGUGGGUUAAUUCUCACAAAAACAGUUGUCUUUCACAAUAAGGGUCACAAAGCUGAGUGUGAAUGCCGUACAUACUGAUACAUACAUGUGUUUGUCUUAUUGGCAUUCUGUUGGGCAAGGCAUAAUUUUAGUCCGAGUCAAAUAGUCAGUUUAUGGAACUGUUGUGGUUGUUAACUAUCCCACUCCAGAAUUUGCAAAAAUCCAACCACACUGCGUAACAAGUCUUUGUAGAGGUGACGGUGUUUCGUUAGUUUGUCCCACCAUCUAACCUAUCUCUAAAGCUUUCUCAUAAAAUCAUAUUCGACAAUUAAGUCAUUGGGAUGAUGCAAUUUCGAAGAUUGCUGUUCAUUUUAUUGGUCGCUACUUUCCACGUGGGGAUAACAGAGUCCCAAUUCAUCCCAAUUUUUGAUUGGAUAAGUUCAUUUUUCGGAAGCUACGAACAGCCGGGGUACACAUCGGUCAGGAAUAUCACGGACCAAGUGGAGGAACGCAUCUACCCCACGAGUAGUUGGGCAUGCAGUGAGCAGUUUGCCACGCCGGUGACCAAGGACUCGAAAACAGCGGAGAGUUUCAUGACCAUAUUACGAUACAUACAGGGCAAGAACGAGCUAGGCAAAAAAAUUGAGAUGACAAUCCCCAUUGUGACCAAAAUCGAUCACCGUAACGGUAACCUCCGUUCCUACGAAAUGUGCUUCUUCCUUCCUACCGAGUUCCAGAAAUCUCCACCCAAACCGGUGGACAAUCGGGUCAAAAUUGUGACCUACCCACCCCUUCGAGUCUAUUCAAAGAUGUACGGUGGAUACUCCUCGCAGACCGUGGAGACCUCGCAAGUGGCCAGUCUGUCCGAAGUCCUGAGAAACCAGAGCAUUCCAUACUUUGAAAUGAGGGACGGGGAUCGAGCCACCUACUUUGUCGCAGGCUACGACUCGCCCACCAAAUUUUGGAACAGGCGAAAUGAGGUUUGGCUCCUAAGCAAGGACACACCCAAGUCCAUCAACCAUCACUUUACAACGGCCGUGAGACAACAAGGAGGAGACGCGACUGGCGAGGACGCAGAGACUUCAGAGAUGAAUGAACCUGUCUGAUAAGUAUUUAUAAAAAAAUAGGAUAGCAAAAAUGAUAUCAUUGAAUAUUUUCAAAACGCAUGACGCAAUAAAAAACUGUAUUUCGCUGCUAAAUA